AUGGCAGACAAUCCUCCCUACAGUGAGGAACUCUCCAUCGCUCUUCUCACCGUCCAGCGUGCCUCACUUCUCACCAAGCGCAUCGUCACUGCGCUCGACAAAGGCGUCAUCGACAAGAGCGACGCCAGUCCCGUCACGAUUGCCGACUUUGCAGCUCAGGCUCUGAUUAUCAGCGCACUGCAUCGCCACUUUCCCUCGGAUGGGUUCAUCGGCGAAGAGAGCGCCGGGGCACUCCGAGAAAAUCCCGAGCUGGGAGACCGAGUUUGGGAGCUGGUGUCGACGACAACACUAGAGGACGCCGACAGCGAGGAGCUGUUGGGGAGGGUCACUUCGAAAGAGGAGAUGCUGCAAGUCAUAGACCUGGGCGCAGGCUCCCAGUCCAGCAGCGGAAGAACCUGGAUUUUGGAUCCGGUCGACGGCACGGCCACCUUUAUGCGGAACCAGCAAUACGUCGUAUGUUUGGCCUUGGUUGAAGGCGGAAGGCAGAUACUCGGUGUGCUAGGGUGUCCGAAUCUAUUGAUUAAUGACGCGGGCCAGGUGCGUGAGGACCUCAUCGACACCACAGGACUCGGCCAGAUGCUGUCGGCCGUCGACGGUCAAGGAGCUUACAUACGUCCCAUUGCACGCGGACGCGUGGAACCUCCUACGAGGCUCAGAAAAGUUACAGAGGUCACCGAUCCGGCCAAGAUUCGCUGGGUUGACUCCCUCGCCAGCAGCAACAUAACUCCGCAGAAUCAUCGUGCCGUGGCUGAAAAGGUGGGUUCAUCUGGUUGGCCAGGCACCGACAUCUGGGCCAUGCAGAUGAAGUAUGUGGCUUUGGCCGUCGGGGCCUUUGACGCCAUGGUCCGCAUCCCCCCCGACAGGUCAUACAGAGCGUCGGUAUGGGACCAUGCCGGUGGUCAGCUGAUAUAUACUGAGGUCGGAGGCGUGGUGUUGGAUACCAGUGGUCAGGUCUUUGACUUUGGGCUAGGAAGGUCACUCGAGAAGAAUCUUGGCCUGGUCGCCGCCCCCCCAUCCAUCCAUCCGAAGUUGCUGGCCGCUGCGAAAGAAGUUCUUGCGACGCCUGGUGACAUCGACCGAAUCGACGAGCGCAAAGAAAAUGAGAUACUUGUGUCGGGCGCCUGA